AUGGGCAGCGGCAGCAGCCGGAGCGGCCGGGCCCUGAGGCGGCUGCGCGGCCCCGACAGCCGGCCAGCGGGGCCCAGCGGGGCGGCCUCCGAAGGCGGGACGGGGCCGCUGGUCUCGGCGACCCCGGCGGCCCGGGAGGAGGCCCCGCAGGCAGCGGCGGAGGCGGCGGAGGGUGCGGAUGGCCCGGACCCCAGCCCCGCGGCGCCCCCAGACGUCCGGGACGAAACCCUGCGCCUGCUGGACCAGCUGUUGGCCGAGUCGGCGGCCUGGGGCGCGGAGGAACUGGCCUCGCGGGGCCCGGCGCGGCCCCGACCCGCCGCUGGCGCGGGGAGCCCGGUGUCCCCUAAACAGAGUGCUGAAGGCCAUCCCGAGAGCAGCAGCGUCUCCGAGUCCCAGCUUCUUUUCCAGAUGCAGCUCCCUCUUUAAAUGCAAAGCUCUACCCCUCAGAGGACGGUCCCUGUCCUGGGAAAGUGUAAAAGCCGUGCAGUCUCACAGCACCUCUGGCCUUCCCGUGAAAAAGGCCAUGACCCAGAUCACACAGGGCAUUCCCCAUCCCUCCCUCACUCAUUCACCUGGAUGGAGACACAGUCCGUGGCCGUCAGGAGUUCGCAGCCUAGAGGGGAGACAGAUGGGCUCCACUAUCCCAUGAUGGUGUUAUCAGGAAAAUGUAUUUAAAACCCCCGGAAAGUGUCCACUGAGGACCCCAGGCCGAGACCCGGGCUCGUCUGCUCCUGGCCUUCCACAUGGCCCUGCGCUGCAUGAGGCUUUCAGGGCGCCAGAAGCAGCCAGUGGGAGGGGGCACACUGGGAGGAGCGGCUGGGGUGACCUUGGACCCCUGACGCAUUCUUACUUUAGUUUUCUUGUGUCUAAUGGGGUGACAGUGAUCUGCACCUUGUCACUGGAUGCCGAUGACUGCUGCUCAAAACCAUGGAUGUGAAAAGUUGUGAAAAUUCUGGCUUAAUGGCUAUUUUUAUUACCAAUUCCAAAUGGUUUGGGGGCAAGAAUCUUGCUAGCUUCCCUUACGUACCAAACCUUGGCAGAGGUCCCUCCCUGGACAGGGAGGCCUCUUCAGAAGUGCAGGCCACAGCAGGUCGCAGAGGGGACAGAAGCAGCCUGGGCUCACCGAAGAGCUGGUGUUUAAAUGGUUGGCAGGACCCUCGGAGGAAGGAGUUCAGGGAGGAGAGAGAAGGGAGGAACCGGUGGUCCAGGUGGCAGGAGCUGAGUAAGCCAGACACACGGGUCUGGACACAUCACUUACUCGGGACACGGCACACAGGCUGCUGGCAGUUAGCACAUGGUCUGUGGAAAGGAGUGGACAGAGGGGUGUUUUGAAAUGUAAGAGGCGCUUGAAUGCUGAGCUGAACCCGCCGGCCACUGCUGUCAAGUAGAACGCUGGGGCUGGCUCUGGGCGUCGGGGCACCAGCACGGCAGCAGCAGAACACGUACACGGCUCUCCCCGCUCACACCAGCAGCCAAGGCCAAGGGUGGCCGUCAGCACAGCUCAGAGGCCUGCUCCUCUUCCUCCUCCUCACUCACUAUGCAGAAUCCCAAGGGCACUGCCCUGUACCUGCCAGUGGGAGGGGUCUGCUGCCAGGUCACUGUGACUGUGGGCAAGUCGUUUCUCAUUUGCAAACAGUGCUGGCUUGGGUGACCCCCGAGGUGUUUUUCCUGCUGGGAAGCCCCCAGACCCAGCAGUGACGCCCUGGGAUGCCUGUUGGACAGCUGGCUUCCUGCUCGGUCCCCUGGCUUGGCCACGAGACCUGUUGCCCUUCAGGGUGUUCCAGGUGCCUAGUCCUUUUCCGCAUUCCUUCUCACUGCCCUCUUCAGUGAGCCCCGGAGGGGACAGAAGUAGCACCGGUUGGGCCUUUCCUCCAUACCAGGCUCUUUGCUGGGACCUUAGAAUACUGCUGUGCUGGGAGCUGUUUCUGCCCACUGCUUUCUGGUGCCAAGCUCCGUGCUAGACACAUGACCUUCGGCAUCUCAGCUCACCCUCAGCAGGUCUUGUGAGCUCCCAGCACCCUGGAGGUGCAGGAGCAGGUUGUAAAUCAGGCAAAUGGCUGUGACGCCAUAGCUCCCAUUUGCUAAGGGCAAGGUUCAGUGUCACAUGCUGUCCAUGCAUUAUCUUAUUUAUGCCUCAGAAUGAACCUAUGAACACAGCUCCAUUUGAGAGAAAAACAUUGUCACUGAGCUAGUAAGUGGCAGAGCUGGGAUUUGAAGAGGGUCCUCCCACCCUCGAGCCCUCGCCCUGCAGGUGCUGGCUUCCUCGACAGGGACGGUCUUGGUGGCUGAGGCUAGCGAGAUGAAACCAGAGAACAGGCAGAGGCCUGCCCUCUCAUGCAAGAGACCGAGACGUGUCCCCAGGGGUUGGUUUUAGGAUGGAUCAGAAUUCCGUAAAGGGGCCAUUCUGGUUGUCCAGUAGAGAUAAUGAGUUUGAAGGCGACACCCUGUCUCCUGACACAGCUGUCUGUGCUUCUG